AUGAAGGCGUUAGUGGUGGUGCACGAGGUGCUGCCGGUGGAGGUCAUGCAACACGUGCUGGGCAUGCUCGACGUUCCGGACCUCAUCCGUGCGGAAGUGGUGUGCUCCGCGUGGUGCGGCAUCGCCGAGUCUGCGUGGCACUCUUUCGACAGCGCUUCAGUCGCUCCGCCCCCGCCCCCGCCAACGGCAGCCAAGCGUCUGGCGGUACUCCGCCGCACGGACACCACCAACGAGGCGCGACUCAACCGACUCAUCCGGUGGUGUUGUGCCACGGGGCACGAUCGGGUGCUGCAGGAGCUGCUGGCGACGGAGCGCGACCGUAUCAGUCCUGGCAUGCUCAAUUCAACGGGAACGGCCGGUGGUAAACAGCCCAAGGGCAAGGAGGACAGAAAACAGGUGGGCAUCACGCCCAUGCACCUGGCGGCGUCGUGCGGCAGUGCCGAUGUGAUUCGCCUCCUGAUCCAGGCCGGCGCCGACGUCGACCCACUCUGUGGCAGCGCCAACACGCCCGUGGGGCUGGCCGUCACCAACGGAUUCCUCGACGCUGCCGAGGUAAACUACAUCUUUGCGUGGAUCCGAAACAAGGUUCUGCUGCUACAUGGCGCCAAGGGCAGUGGCGUUGCCGGAUUGGUCAAUCCGCGCCAGAAGAACAGCAAGACCAAGACCAAGCGAGUCAAAGGCCCUCUCUUCUUUCAGGCGGCCGCCGGCGGCCACGUCAAGAUCAUGCAACUCCUGGUCGAGCAAGCGGGGGAGAAGGGACCGGCCCUGCCCGUCUCGGCGGAGAAGAACACGGGCAGGCUGGCCACGCACUUUGCCGCCGAGUACGGCCGCGUCGAGGCCCUGGACUACCUGUUACAGCAAGGCGUUGACAAGGACGCCUUUUGUCGGUCCAAGCGCACGGCUCUCCAUGCAGCAACGGUCAGUGACCAGCCAGCCGCAGUCCGGUUCCUGCUGGACCAGGGCGCCAAGGUCCAUUUCACCUCGGCUGACGUCAGAUCGCGCUUGCCAAUUCCGUCACCGCUGCAUCAGGCUGCAGAAGCGCAUAACGAGGUCCUCGUGCGUCUGUUCCUCGAGUUUGGCGUGGAUAUCAAUCAACGGGAGGAGGGAGGUCGCACCCCGCUUCACGCUGCCAUGGACCACGGUCCGGCAAGCCCGCGCUUCACCCGGCUGUUGCUCGAUCUUGGCGCAGACGCGACUGCCGUCGACGAUCGGGGACAAACCGUGUUCCACUACCUGUUCAAUCAACCGGUGAAGUCGGCGACUGUGGAGGUGUGCCAAUGCCUCAUCGACGCUGGUGCUGAUCCUGUGCUUGGCGAUCCCUUCAGACGACUGAGAUUUUUCGGAUUAGCGCAAGAAGGAAUAGAGGUCAUCCGUCUUCUGAAGCAGCACGGUGUUGAGGUGGAUGGACCCGAUGUUGGUUCACGGCUCCUGUCGACGGCGGCGCAGAAUUCGAAGUUUGUCCUGGAAUUGAUCGACCUCGGAGUUGAGCCAUCAAGCGAUGCGGAAAGGGCACACCUUCUGCGUCUGGCGCUGAAUCGUGUUCGGUGGACGACCAGUCUGGGCCAAGCCGCCAGUUCCGAAGACGACAGGCUCAUCAACCGCCUUCUCGAGCGGGGAAUGCCUCGCUUUAGGACUCCACGGCCAGAUCCUGCUCUGUUUAGUGUGAACCUCAAUAUGGCCAGCUACCUCGAGCUCUUGCCCGAGACGAAGCAGUGGCUCGCAUUCCUCAUCGAAAUGCCGCGCAAGUGGAUUCGCGGCCAACGAACAUCAGGGCAAGUGGCCGAGCUGCUCGAGUUUGUGGAAUCGCUGGGCAUCUCCCUGUCCGGUUUCUGA